UCGGAUACUUUAGCCACAGCUGUGUGGAGAUAUCGGUUGCAGCUGACUGUAUUGAACACUCCGGCUCUUUCUCUUCAGCGCUCUAGUGUCGAGACUGAGUGCCGUACAUCCAGCCGCUGGACGCAGUGAAUCUGUUCUCACGGGGUGCUCGGAGAUGGCGCAAGUGUUCACACUGUCUCAGUCAAUACACCACAAUCUUCUCGGUACCAGGACGAUGAGCCGGCCUAGCGUGACGGAGCAAACUUGGAGGGUCGUCUUCAAGUGCGAGGGAGGCCAAAAAAGAUAGAACGAUACGGAACUUCGGGUUUCCGCAGGCCGGGUACAGCUCUACAAGGGUGUAGAUUAAUUUCGCAGCAUGCGAGUUAAUGAAGCUUGUUCAAUCGAAGUCUCGAUGCCAAUCCGUAGGAUCAGGGGCCCAUCACUAGUGUCUCUUGGCAGGCUUUCCGCGCUCAAUCGCUCGAUCCAACGGCGCAACAUUCUUCCAACCACACCUCAAGGCGUCCAUCCACAAUCCCCAGAGUUUUUGCAUGUCGCAUCUCAAUUUGCUCACCUAAGCGCCGUUGUUUUGCGCCCGCGUAGCUCGCGAUUACGUUGCCUCGGGGCGGAUCGCGAAUCCGCACUAGCACCAGAGGGGCAGGUGAACGGAGUGCCCAGCCAUACUGUCGAGAACUACGGUCUAUGGUGCGUCUAUGAUGGCGAGAUGUAUUUGCGCUCACGACGUAUGCUCAUGCUUCGCCCUGCAGCUUGCAGCUCGUAUGCCCGGGUACCUGCAGUGGCUGUAACCUCGGUGCUUAUCACCGCGUCCCUGAGUAACGUGAUCUCAGCUUUCUUUGGAUGUCGCGGUGCUUAUCCACGCGCCAGUGUAAUCGCAGAAAUACAGAUGUUUAGUUCUCAGUGGUUCGUACAAGAUACAAAUCUACACCAGCGCGCUUCUCAGCGGUGACAUCUCAGGGACGCCCAUGUCAUCAGGGUUUCAAGGCUGCCGAUG